AUGUCCGUGUCAUGGAGUAAUACCCUAACGCAUCUUGCGUGGAUUUCUCUCUCCCCAUCUACGAUUUCACUUUUUUCCAUCCUUGGUAGAAUUCUGUUACUGAAUUUGAUGCUCACUGUCGCUCGAACUUCACCGUCACUUGGCCGUCAACUCGUUCAGACCAAAGGAUUGCAGUUGUUUGCCACGGCGCUUCAGAGCGCAGCUUGCUCUGCUCACUUGACCACCGCGUUGCUCAAUUGCCUGAUUGAUGUGGCUCGCGAAUUGAUUUCUGUCGCCGACUUGUCCCACUUGGACACCUAUGAAUCUGGGGCCCAGAUGCAUUGCUCUUUUGUGUAUCCGCUACUGAGACAUGUUUACGGCUAUCUCUUCUCCAACCCUGACUUGUGGAUUCGAGCUCCGCUCGAGGUGCAAGAUCAGUUGUACCAAUUUCUGGCCACAGAGUUCUUCUCAGCCAUGAUUCGUCACGGGUGUGUCAACCGUACCAGCACUGUGCUUCAGUGUGUCUACAACUUAAAGUAUUACUACGCACUCGUUGACCCUGUGGAGCGUAGCGGGUUCCACUUGAAGACCCCCGACAAACGGCCUUUAUCAAACUCCAUUGAAGUGUUGAAGCUCCGAGCGAAUUUUCUCAUCUACCUGAAACAGCUCAUGAUUCGUCAUGGACCAUUUUUGGACACCGAGAUGCAAGCCCUGUUGAACUAUUUGUUGAGUGUUCACGAAGAUGAGAACCUACACGACGUAUUGUACUUCUUGGUUACUUUGGCGCUUGGAAAUCCAGCUUCGAUCGCACCGACGUUCAUACGCAACAACGGAUUGUGCGUCCUUCUCCGGUUAUUCAACUCCAACGACGAGGCUAAUAGGAUAUAUGCCUUGAAACUACUUGGAUUCUACAUCCAUCAAGUUUGCUUACUUAAACGGGAAAAUCUGGUGGAUCGUUACCAUUUAUUCUCCCUGGUGACGAACAUGAUCAGUAUAGUCCCCGUGAUAUCGACAUUACUGUGCCGCUCGAAACCCACUCCCGAGUCGUUGCUCGUCAAGCAGCUUUUCCUCCGACAUUUGUUGUCUUUGUGUCUCGGCAAUGGUGGAAAUCGAAGAUCUUUGCUGCAGCUCUCUGUGUGGCAAAGUUACAUUCUGCGCUUGUCUCCAUGCUACCCCACCACUGAGUACGAAGCCAACGUCUUGGCCUCUGUGUUGAGGCUUCUCCGAUGCUUGGUUUUCCACGCUAUUCGCUACGAACGUGAUGGAUGGCGUGUGUGGCUCGACACUAUGGCUCUGGUAUGCUUGUGGUUGGACGGAACAUUGCUGUCAGACUUUGACUCUUUGUCGGUCCACAGUGAUAAACCAUGUACCUCUGCCGACGUUAAGUCUCACAACAGGCCGAGCGCCAGUCCAACGGAUGUCGGCUUUGAUCUAACAGAAAUUCGCACCGUAGGAAUUAUUGAUGAUGUGGCAACCUCUGCGGUGCCUACUUCUGCUCCCUGUUUGUCGACGGAAUCUGAUGUUAUGGGCGCGGCUGUCACGAGUUCCGUUGAACGCGUGUCACUUACAAGCAACGAUUCAACAGAAGAUAAGCAUUCCCUUGCACCACUUUAUGACCCACCUUCUUCUGAUGGUCUUCCUCCAACGCGUUCGCCGAGAAUUUUUCGAUGGUCGUACCUGCAUCAAAUUCUUUUGGACGACUUACUGUGCUCAAUUGAAGAUGAGUUAGGCUUCGUUUCGAUGCGAAGCGUUCCACAUCACUAUGGCGACACGAUCAUCUCCAUACGUUCCGAGAAACACGGCUUUGUCCGUGAUCAGGGUAAUGUGACCCCACUGGUGGGGCAACUGAUUGGAGUCUCUUUAGACGCCACGGAACCCCAGGUGGAUUCGUCGGAGAACACUGCAGUCAACAUGUUGCAAGAUCCGGCAAACUGCGUGUUUCUUAUUAACUUGGUGAACCUAUUGUCCGAUUGUACCGACGUGCUUGUAUGCGGUAGCGGCGGACUGCUCCCCCUACUGGCUGCCGCCACCUCGCCAUCGGGCGAUAUCGGAGCCCUCGACUCGGUCAACGGGCUGAGCUUGAGUGACGCGAUGUCAUCCGUUUUACGAAUCGCAUUUCUUGUCGAUUGCUGUCUCCUGCAUGUCGAUCUGCUAGAAAUCGAACGACAACGGCAAAUGCCUUGUGGAACGCUAGCACGUCGCUUCGCUCGUCUAUAUCUAACAGCUGCUACGCGUAAUUGCUUGGAGUUUCGUUUCUUCCAUCUAACUCCAUCUCACGACCUUGUUCUUCAACUGAAAUCAUUCUCCAACUUUCGGGAUGGUGUCCGUUAUGUUCCCAUCACAUCGGAUGCAUGCACACUCCAAAGCGGUAUGGAACCAUCUGAUCACCCAAGCGGUGCGUCACCAACGCACCAACCAACGAAGACCACUGCGGAUGCCAAUUCUCCCCGAACACCACCGCACACAUCUUCACUCCUUCGCAUAGACUCUGUUGGAUCAGAUGUGGAGUCUGAACUUGAUGGUAUGUCCCAACGAUUGCUGUGUAUGACCAAGCUGUUGUGUUCUGCCGCUGGUCCAUCCGGGUCUCGACUGGGUUUCUUCCCAAGCCCAUGGCGAUUUGUGAACUUUUUGUCAAUCGACCAGCUCUUUUGGGUGCUCGAUCUAAAGCAGCGUUAUUCGGCCAAAGUGGCGCACCUUCCGAUCCAACUUCAGCGUCUGGUGUAUGCUCUCCGAUCCACACUUCUCUAUCCCGUGGUCCGGGUGAGCUCAUUUUUUGACUUCCCUUUUCGAUUUCAUUGUUUUCGGAGCUUACUCUCGCACACGCCCAUCCCCCACACCGACUACGCUGGCCACGUUUCCGGUGUUGUUCCCUCUCGCCACUGUUCCUCCACAUUAAUGCCCACACAGUUUACGUGCCACUAA